GCGUUGGAGUGACAUCAUCAGACACGACUGGGAGAAAAAAUAAAGUGUGUUUUGCGUAGAGGUCGGUGUAAAAGCUUUGCAAGUAUGGAGUACGCGUGCGAUAUGGCAUGCAGUGUUUUAGUUUACAGUUAUAUGAAAUAUUAGAAUACGGGGGGGGACAAUUUUCUCAUAGAUCUAUGGUAAAAUACAUUAGUGUAGACUGCCAGUUAAUGAAUAAAACUGUCAAAGAAAUAGAUUCGUGUCACCAUAGAAAAUAGUAUAUUAUGGUAUGAUGGGAAAAUGUAAAUGUUUUAAUAUUUAGAUAAUUUUACCUUAAUUUGUAUGUAAUUGGGUAGUGGAUGCAUGGAAUAGCCUUUCAGCUGAAGUGGUAGAGGUUAACACAGUAAAGGAGUUUAAGCAUGCGUGGGAUAGACAUAAGGCUAUCCUAACUAUAAGAUAAGGCUAGGGACUAAUGAAAGUAUUUAGAAAAUUGGGCAGACUAGAUGGGCCGACUGGUUCUUAUCUGCCGUCACAUUCUAUGUUUCUAUAAACUACCUUAUACCAAGAUGGGAUCAUUUCGAUAAUUUUGCAUGAAAUAGAAUGCAUUGCAUGGGUUAAUCAGAUAUUAUUUUUGCUAGCAUUAUUAUUAUUUAUUAGGCAUUUAUGUGAAAAUCAAAACUUUGGAGUUGCUGACAAAUACUUGCUAAACUACUGUAAGCAUUUCAGAUUAAAGGAACAUUAUGCUCCUUGGUCAAGUGUUUUGUUCUGUGUGAUUUUUGUAUUUGUGCUUUUGAAGCUUUAAGGUUUUGAUUAAUUUAUUAUUUUACAGAUUCUUCAAUGGCUCUAAGAUGUCUUGGGAGAUUUCGACCUGUGCUCAUGCAACUGAGCUCAGUGGGGUCUGCAAAUUUACCAUUAAUAAAACAUAGUCCCCAAAUCACCGCUUUAGACAGACACUUCGCCACCAAAAAAAGCAAAGGUGAGGUUUGUAUUCACCUUGCCUGUCACUUUAGUAUACUGUUGAUAUUCUUCACUAUUGUGUAUAGCUCAUCUUUCAUAUAAACUUAAAAGACCAGUGAAGGCACCCAGACCACUUCAGCUCAAUUAAGUGGUCUGGGUGCCAGGUUCCCCUAGUUUUAACCCUGCAGUUGAAAAUAUAGCAGUUUCAGAGAAACUGCUAUGUUUACAUUGAGGGUUAAUUCAACCUCUAGUGGCUGUCUCCCUGGCAGCAACUAGAGGCCGCUUCUGCGAUUCUUAAUGCGAAAAUCGCAUUGAACUCACGUUGGACGUCCAUAGGAAAGCAUUGAGUAAUGUUUUCCUAUGGGCGGUUUGAAUGCGCACACGGCUCUGGCUGUGCAUGUGAAUUCAGAGCUUAUGUCUGCAGGGGGAGAAGAGGUCACCAGCACCGAAGGAGCCCGCUCUGGAUUAAGGUAAGUGGCUGAAGGGGGGUUCCGAGGGAGGGGGGACCUAAUAACCCUAUAGUGCGAGGAAAACAAGUGUUUUCAUGACACUAUACUGUUCCUUUAAGUAUAAUAAACAGUUUUUGCCAGUGAAUAUUGAAAGCUCCAAUCACAAUAACAUAUACAGCUCAAUUAUGUCUUCAUUGAUUGCAAAUACAUAUAAAGUAUCUUUUCGUUACACUUGUGUUAUUUUCUUCUUUGCAAGUUCUAAAAUUAUUUUUUAUUUAAUAAAUGUUGUACAAUAAGAUAAAUUAUAAUAAACACAUAAAUAGUAUAUUAUUAUAACAUUACAUGUAUCUAUUUGUUUAAAGGGAAAAAAGAGAGAAAAGGGUAGGUUGCUGCAGUAUAGAAUAAGCCCAAUAAAGAUUAAUUCAGUGCUACAAUGACCAAAACUACUAUUGCAGGCAUCCCCAAACUCCGGCCCUCUAGGGAGUUGUAGUUCAGCAACAUCUGAAGGGCCGGAGUUUGGGCAAGCCUGCACUACUGCUUGGUGCUAGUGGGAACAACAUGACCUACAUUAAAUAUCUGUAGCACUUUAACGUAUCAUUUGCUCUCUGGACCAUUUUUCCUCUUGUUGCCUAUGUUGUCUAUUUUAAGGGGCACCCUAAGCACCAUAACCAUUACAUUUGGUUGUAGUGGUUAUUGUGCGAAGAGUCCCUAGUGCUAUUUUGACCCAAAAUGUAAACUUCAUAUAGAAAUAAUGACAAUUCACACUUUAGUGAAAGCCAUGGUAGUAUGUAUUUUGGCCUAAAAUCUGUUUUCCAUGGUCAAUUCCUAAACAUUUUCAGUUUAAUGAAUAAAUCAUGUGUUUUUACAUAAACUGCGUGGGACAUUUUUCUAAUUUUUUUGUUUGUUUUGUUUCUUAAAUGGGAAACUGUACUUUAAAAUCAUGUGAUGCCAUUUGUUUAGGACAAAGAAUAAUCAAGUAGUUUUAGUGUGUAAAUUAGACACUUGCUGGCUCAUUGCUAAUUUAUUUGCCAUUGUUUAUACAGCCUACCUGUGAAGUACCUGAAUAAAAGGUGGUCUAUAGAGGCUGUGUGAAUCACAACUAGGAGAUAGUGGUCAGGCCUGAAUGCAUAAAGUUAUUUAAAUUCCAAAUGUCAACAAAUGUGUAGUGAGACUGCAGGGGCAUACUUCAAUAACCUAAAUUUCUUCUGAUGCUUAGAGUAUCCCUGUAAUGUUUUAAUGCUAUAUGACAUUUCUUUAAUAAACAUAUACAUUGCAUACACCCUGACAUAGGGCCUCAUUUGUUAAUCUGAUUGGUUGGUUUUUAAAGGUUUCUUACACGGUUUUAUAUUGUAUGUCAAACAUUAUAUAAUAAGAAUGUUUUUAAUUAUUUUUAUUUUUUUGUUACAUUCAGUCAAAAGUAAAGCCCAGUCCCAAAGCAAAGUAAAUAUAAAUGCUGCAUUAGUUGAAGACAUUAUCAGCUUGGAAGAUGUCAAGCAAGAAUUUAAAAAUGUGCUUGAUAAUCUCAAAGAAGAUUUUAACAAAAGUCUUAGUAUCAGAACCUCCCCAGGUUAGUAAUUUCACUAAUUUUCUUUUAUAGUCUGUGCUUGAUUUAUAUGUUUCUUGACAGAAUUUGCCAUCCAUGUAAAACCACUCAUGUAAUACAAUAAUGACUGUGAUGAAUACCGUUAUUUUUACAUUCACGUCACUAUAUUAACAAGUAUGUUCGUAGUCGCGACAAUUUGUGUGUGUUCUUUUUUUCUUUUAAAUUUAUAGUAAAUAUAUAGCAAUUUACAUUAUAAUCGAGAUAGGUCAAGCAUGGCAAAUGAAGAAGAGAAAUAAAAACAUUGUUUAAAUUCUCGCACUGUAUGUUUUCUCUAUGCUGACUGGAUGCAAAGGACAGAGCUUAUGGUAGUGAUUGCCAGGGUACUAAUAUGAAGACAACCAGUUGCAUGUUAAAGAGGUAUAGAUUUCUACAUUUAAUUUUAUUGUUCGCAGCUUACAAAUGUAUAUUUGUUAAAUAUAGGGGUAAGUAAACAUAAUAUUAAUAAUGGAGAAGUGACAAUUCCCUUUUAAGUCUGAGUACUCUUUCUUUCUCAUUUUAUUUGUUUUUGUUUAGACAGACAGGUGUGUGUGUGUGUAUAGAGUGAGGGGAAAAAAGUAUUUGGUCCCCUGCUGAUUUUGAACGUUUGCCCAGUGACAAAGAAAUGAUCAGUCUAAUUUUAAUGGUAUGUGUAUUUUAACAGUGAGAGACAGAAUAACAAAAAAUAUCCAGAAAAAUGCAUGUCAAAAAAGUUAUAAAUUGAUUUGCAUGUCAGUGAGUGAAAUAAGUAUUUGACCCCUUUGACUUAGUACUUGGUGGAAAAAUCCUUGUUGGCAAUCUCAGAGGUCAGAUGUUUCUUGUAGUUGGCCACCAGGUUUGCACACAUCUCAGGAGGGAUUUUGUUCCACUCCUCUUUGCAGAUCCUCUCCAGGUCAUUAAGGUUUCGAGGCUGACGUUUGGCACUCGAACCUUCAGCUCCCUCCACAGAUUUUCUAUGGGAUUAAGGUCUGGAGACUGGCUAGGCCACUCCAUGACCUUAAUGUGCUUCUUCUCGAGCCACUCCUUAUUUGCUUUGGCUGUGUGUUUUGGGUCAUUGUCAUGCUGGAAUACUCAUCCAUGACCCAUUUUCAAUGCCCUGGCUGAGGGAAGGAGGUUUUCACCCAAUAUUUUGACGGUACAUGACCCUGUCCAUCGUCCUUUUGAUGUGGUGCGGUUGUCCUGUCACCUUAACAGAAAAACACCCCUAAAGCAUAAUUUUUCCACCUCCAUGUUUGACGGUGAGGAUGGUGUUCUUACGGUCAUAGGCAACAUUCCGCCUCCUCCAAACACGGCAAGUUCAGUUGAUGCCAAAGAGCAUGAUUUUGGUCUCAUCUGACCACAACACUUUCACCUAGUUCUUCUCUGAAUCAUUCAGGUGUUCAUUGGCAAACUUCAGACGAGCCUGUACAUGUGGUUUCUUCAGCAGUGGUACCUUGCGGGCACUGCAGGACUUCAGUGUUACCAGGGCCGGCCUUAGGCAAUUAGGCGCCCUGUGCAAAAAGUCUUCACGGCGCCCCCCCCACCUCCCACCAAGUUGCCUGAAUACAGUAACACACACAGGCACCGGGGACGUGUGUAUCACGAGGCAAACAAGGCAUCUGCCUUGGGCGCCACUUUGCAGGGGGCGGCAAAAAAAAGCAUCCCUCCAAACCCCCAGGCAGAUCCCUUGCUUGCCUCGCAUCCUGGGGGGCUCAAGAGCUGACCGGCUGGCCACUUUUGAGCCCCCCCAAGGCUGGCAGCGGGCAGCGAAGGAGCAUACUCACCUGAGCUCUUCCUGCUCAGCUUCCUCUGCGCCGCUUAAUGAAGCCGGGAGCCAGAAUAUGACGUCAGUCCGGCUCCCGGCAUCACUAAGCGCUGCUUACUCAGCCUGUGCGCCCCCUGCCUGCCUGCCCAGCAGCCACACUGGACUGCUGGUAAGAAAUCCACUCCAGCUUUCCCAGGGAGGCUGGGUGGAUUUAAAAUAAAUGUAAAAAAUAUUAGUUUGUGAGUGUUAGUGGAAAUGUCUGUGUGUGUGUCUGUGAGUGUUUAUUUUGAAGUGAAUGUGUGUGUGUGUGUGUGUGUGUGUGUGUCUGUAAGUGUGUAAUUGUGUGUGUCUGUAAGUGAAUGUGUGUGUGUCUGUGAGUGAAUGUGUGUGUUGGUCAGUGAGUGUAUAUGUGUCAGUCAGUGAGUGUGUAUGUGUCAGUCAGUGAGUGUGUAUGUGUCAGUCAGUGAGUGUGUAUGUGGUCAGUGAGUGUGUAUGUGUCGGUCAGUGAGUGUGUCGGUCGGUCAGUGAGUGUGUGUGUCGGUCAGUGAGUGUGUGUCGGUCAGUGAGUGUGUGUCAGUCAGUGUGUAUGUGUCGGUCAGUGGAGUCGUGCAUCUUUCAGUGAGUGCUUGCGUCUGUCAGUGAGAGUGUGCAUCUGUCAGUGUGUGUCCAAGUAAUAGUGUAUGUGUGUAUGUCAUUGUUUGUCAGUGUAUAUGAGAGUGUGUGUCUGUCAGUGAGUGUGCGUCUGUCAGUGAGUGAGCGUCUGUCAGUCAAAGUGCGGCCUUGACAGGAAGGGGUGGGGAAAUUUAAACUCGGUUACAGGCAUGUACACACACACUCAGUUAAAGGCAGUCACACAUACAGGCACAGGCACAAACAAUGGCACAGCUACAGCGACACACACAGACAGACAGUCACAUAGGCAGUCACACACACAGACAGACACACAGUAACACACACAUAGACAGUUAUACACACACAGGCAGGCAGUCACACAGAUAGAAAGUCACACACACAGGCAGGCAGUCACACACAGACAGAUAGUUACAGACAGACACACACAGGCAGGCAGGCAGUCAGUCACACACACAGACAGGCAGUCACACACACACACAGACAGUCACACACACAGACAGUCACACAGACAGACAGUCUCACACACACAGGCAGUCACACACACGGGCAGUCACACAGACAGACAGUCACACAGACAGACAGUCACACACACAGGCAGUCACAUACAUGGGCAGUCACACAGACAGACAGUCACACACACAGACAGUCACACACAGGCAGGCAGUCACACACAGAGACAGUCACACACACACACAGAGACAGACAGUCACACACACACACACACACACAAGGACAGGCAGUCACAGACAGACAGUCACACAAACAGGCAAACAGUCACACACACACACACACAGACAGACAGUCACACAAACAGGCAAACAGUCACACACACACACUUACCUCUUUCCAGUGGAUGCAGUUGGCUGAUGGGGAAGCAUCUUUCCCUCUUCCUGUACAGCAGGGGCUUCGGGAGGUAUUAGCCCCGUCUCCGCCUCUCGAUAAGCCCCGCCUCCGCCGCUCGGUAAACCCCGCCCCCUCUGCCGCGAUUUUUUUUUUUUUUAAAUAGACCGGGUGGAGAAUAAUUAAUCCUCCAGCCAGGUACCUCUUUUAGCUCCCCUGCACUCCGGCCAUGAGUGAGCUGUGUCGGCCACAGGGCGCCCCCUGUUCCAUGGCGCCCUGUGCGGUCGCACAGCUCGCACACCCCUAAGGCCGGCCCUGAGUGUUACCAAUUGUUUUCUUGGUGACUAUGGUCCCAGCUGCCUUGAGAUCAUUAACAAGAUCCUCCCUUGUAGUUCUGGGCUGAUUCCUCACCGUUCUCAUGAUUAUUGAAACUCUACGAGGUGAUAUCUUGCAUGGAGCACCUAGAGAGACUGACCGUUUUUUUGUAUUUCUUCCAUUUGUGAAUAAUCACGCCAACUCUUGUCACCUUUGCACCAAGCUGCUUGGCGAUGGUCGUGUAGCCCAUUCCAGCCAUGUGUAGGUCUACAAUCUUGUUCCUGACAUGACAUUAAUGUAACUGUCAUUGGCCUUGGGCAACCUGUACUGUGUAGUGCAACUAGCAAAGCUAAGAGUGAUCUUUCCUGUAUAGCCUGUUUUACCCGGGCAUAAUCUUUACUGUCCUCCCUGGGUACAGCCCGAUAGGCUUCGGCUGCCUGACCUGACAAUUUGCCUGCCAGUAAAGGUACCCACACUGCCUGCUCCAAAUCAUGCAAGUCACAUAGCCUCUCAAAGUCUUGUAGAUACCCAUCAAUCUCGUCUUUCUCUUCACAGAACAUUUUAAACGCAUGGUAUGGGAUGUUAGGCUUUACCUGGCUGACAACUAAAGCAGUAAUAGACUCUGCUCUGGGAGGAGCAUCCUGCGGUCUGCGUGCCAUCACAUACUCCUGCACAUCCGCCAUCAGUACUGUCAGUAUUUCCAGGGGUACUGGCUGGGGUAAAAAUUCCAUCCUGGUCCUCAUUUCCUUUUGGAAGGGGGUUUCUUCCAUGGCUGGUGGGGGUGUAACGCUGCGAGCUCUGUCUCCCUCCUUCAAUUCAGCAAUCAGCACAGCUUUUGGCUUAUUGCUGGUUAUUUUACCCCUGGCUUACAAUAGUUCCUUUAAUGUCUGCCGUUUCAAUGCAGUGUAGUCUGUCUCCAUUCACCUCUGUGUUCGGUUCUUUGUUGUAUCCGAAUUGCAAUUCACUUUCCUGUUCGGUAGUUUCAAUUACACGAACACCGCUUUUCGGGUGUAAGGUUGGAUCCCGUCGCUUGCCACCAAUUGUAGCGGAGCUGCAAUAUUAAAUCCCAAGAUCUCUGCUGGUAUAGAAGGUAAUCCAAAGUAAAGCGCUGGAAAAGAAGGCAAUAUCCCAAAUCCCCCAUUAACCGGACGAAACACAGUUCAGGGAGUCAACUGACAAUUUUAUUCACGGCUGUUAGCCUAUGCAUGCUCUCUAUUCUAAAACACACGAAUACAUUUUUACACCAGGUUAACACCGCUAUUUCAGACAACCUUUAAAUGUUCUGCAAUAUGACCUAAAGUGGCUAGGUUUGCCACAAGGCCCACUAACCCUGCUGUGAUCUGUCUACAGCUCUUUUGUAGUACAACUUGCUUAUUUCUCAGUGCUGCAGCUUGCAGUCUUGUUGUCAUUUCCCCCUAAAGAAACUUACCAAAGAGUUGGAUAUAGGAUGUGCUUUGUUGUUUAUUUCUUAUGUGUUACCCAGAUGAAUAGGCAAUGUCUAUACUCUCCUCCCUUGGUGCAAGCCUUUAUUUAUAUUUAUUAUCUUUUCUUUCUUGUGCCAGUUCUUAAUAUCUAGGUUGCCAACAUUUUGUUCUCCUCUGGCCAUGAUAUUUGCAAUUUGUUCUUCUGAUUACAUUUUUAUACUACUGCAAUGACCGAUUCUGGUAAACUACCACAAAAACUCAAGUGGAACUAUUCUUAAGAUCCAUCUAUUCCUAAAUAAUAUGCUCCCCAAAACAAAAAGUAUAAUAUGUUUGUGUAACUAAAUAAUUAAAGUACACUUAAACAAAAAUACAAAAAGGGAAAAUAGAGGGACCAAAAAGGAAUAACUAAAAAUGGACACUAUAGUCACCAGAACCAAUACAGCUUAAUGUAGUGAUUCUGGUGUCUACGGUCUGUCCCUACAGGUUAAGUAUUGUAAACUCUGCUAUUUCAGAGAAAAGGCAGUGUUUACAUUGCUACCUAGUAACACCUCCAGUUGCAGUCACUCAGAUGGCCACUAGAGUUGCUUCCUGUGGCACUGCUAUAUCUAAUAUACUGGCAUUUAGUGCUGAAUGUUUCCCAUAGAGAUAUGUUGAUUCAAUAUAUCUCUCUGAGAAGAUGCUGAUUAGUGUUGUGUGGCAUUUGGCGCACAUGUGCAAUAAUCUCCCUGGUGAGCAUGGAGGUGGCCAGCUCAGGCAGCAAGUAGGCGGUGAGCGAGGGAGCAGUUAUCUACCUGCAGCUGCUCUCUCGCGCUCUGUUUAACGAUAAAGCAUUGGAUUAGCUGAGAUCAUCAAGUUUGAUUAUCUAAGCUAUGGAGGUGGAGCCAACUGCGGCGAGGCGUACACGGCAUGGGAAAAAAAUGUGAGUAAAACCUUAGAAAGGCUUAACUUGAUGGACAUGUCUUUUUCCAUCUAUGUAUCUAUGUAACCUUUUCAAAGCGAGGCAAGAAACAAGAGGAAAAAAAUAUUUGCCUCCAUCCAAUUAAACAGGACAGCCUUAUACAUCCACCAUGAAUUAGAUUGUAUUUCUCUGGAGUUCUGCAGUUCUAUACUUCCACACAGCAAAAAUAUACUACGGCCCAGAAUAUAUAUAUAGUAGCUCCAACUCACCCAAAAGACGUUUUGCAACGUCUACUUCACCACUUCCACAAAGUCUUUUCAGGCUAGCAAGGUCCAGGGAAGAGCAGACCCGCUGGACCCCAGGGAAAGAUCAUUCAGCCCAAAGGUAGGGAGACUGAGUGAAUUUCAGUUAAAAUAAAAAUGUCAGUUUGAGUGUGUGAGAAAGUGUGUGUGCACGCGCGUGUAACAGAGUGUGAGUCUUUGUAGGUACCUGCCCCCCUCCAGUCGCACGGCACAGGUGUUUUUACUCCCCUUUUUCUCACGCUGUGCCGAUUAUGCCCUGGCUGAGAUCAUCUAUUUUCAUAAUCUCAGCUAAGUCCAUGCUUUCCUGUAAGAGGCUUUAUAUAUAAUUGAUUUUAUGCUGUUAUUUUAUUAAUCUUAUUGUUUAAAUUAAUCAGCUGAAUUUGUUUUGUUAAAUAAAUUACUAUUGAUAUUAUAUUUUUAUACCAUCAUCCUUAUUAUUGGGUAAUCUUUUACAUGUAAAUUUUCAUCCAUAUAUUAUUAUAUUGUAACUGUGAGUUUGCACUACUUCUCUCUUAUGUUUUUAAUUUUUUUUCUUUGAUUCUGAGCCUUCUCUGACAGAAAACCAGACUAUUUUACUUGCUCAACCAACAUAGAUAUAUUUUCUGUAUUUACACUGGAUGUGUUUGGUGUAAGGGUAUAACACAGGUGUGCAGCAGCUGUAUUUCAUGUAUUGUACAUAUUGUAGAUAGAAUUUAAAUACCAUAUAGGCGGCUGGGGAAUAUUUUCGCAUUUUUAUUUUUCUUCACACGUUAUUAGCUUUUAUAUUUAGAAUUUUUAGUUUAUCAACAAAUAUGUUUCUGUAUAUUUAAGAUUAAGUUGUAUUUGUCAUGCCUGGUAUCCUUUAGAUUAUAUGAAUUCAACUACUUUUUGCAAAUGUAGUGCAUAGUGCAUUUUAAGAAACCUUGUUGUUUUAUGUAAAACGUAUGCUUUAUAUAAUUCUGGAAAGGUAGUAUUUACAUAGAGUACUUUAUCCAAAUAUUGCCUGCUUUCUGUUGAUUCUCUCUUAUUAUUUUUUUUUUCUUCAGGUGCAUUUGAUCAUAUCACUGUGACAACAAAAAAUGGAAAAUUUCCUUUAAAUCAACUUGGACAAAUUUCUUUGAAAUCUCCUCAGCUUUUUAUUAUUAACAUGGCAAGUUUUCCUGAGGUGAGCACCAACAUUUUUUUAUUUUUAUUUAUUUUUUAGCAGGGAUAGUUAUAACGACCUUUUACAGAUCUAUACAUGUAUGCCUCUCCAUAUUUGGCAUAAGGGAAAUUGUGGCAAUUCUGUUAUUAAUCGCACAGCUAUCAAAGUGUGUACUGGGGUGAGAUAUGUAAACGAAGGUAAGUGUAAAACACACUUACCUCUGUAUUUACAGGUACAGGUGCUACAUUUGCAUGCCCGGGCAUCCUCCUUUUUUUUUUUUUUUUAUUUUUUUUUUUAGUAAUGUUAGUAUUAUUGGCUUGGUGUUAUGGAGCCAGGAUAACGGUAUUUGAUGUGGACUAACUGCCAUAGUUCAUAAGGAAAGUCAGGAGACAGGUAACCAGAGAGGAGGUGCAGGAGAAUGAAAGACUGGAUAUGGAAAGAGAAGUGCAAUAUGGAUCCAAAUGACAGAUUAGUAGCAGAAUGGACUUCAAGGAAUUAGGCACAAAACAGAGCAGAAUCUUGCAAUUGGGGAUUUAUAAGUGGACUUUUUAGGGCAUUUGACUUGUGGUGCAGGUGUCACAAUAGGGCAUAUUAUUGAUUCUUGCCUCUUCACUUCAUAUGGCUGACACAUGGGAAACAGGUAAGCACACUCUGUGUCUCCCUGUCUUCUGUAGAGGUGAAAUAAUUGAGGGAAGUAAUCAUAAUAUGUUGUUACUUAAGAUAGAAAUUAGGGAUUAAUGGCAUGUUAUAGAAAGCAAGAAAUUUGUUAUAUUUAAGAAAAAUAGUAAAUGUUAUUGAAAAAAGGAAGGUAAAGAAGAGACAAUAUUUCAUUCAGGUUGACUAACAUGUAAGUAUAUAACAGACAUGAGGACAAACAUUAUUUUUUUUUUCUGUUUUGCCUGAAUCUAAUGGUAGUCUGCAUCUAAUAAUAGUUAUGCAAAGAGAACAGCAGUUAGUUAUCUUACUCUUUGCCUGGUUAUAGAGUGCAGCUGCUGCUGUGAAUGCACUAAGAGACAGUCAUAUGAAUCUGAAUCCAGAACUUGAUGGAACAAUAAUCCGCGUACCAGUACCUCAGUGAGUAAAACUAAACCACUAGUUUUAAUAUAUAGACAUGGAUUUCAUUCUCAUAUGUUUGCAUGUAUGGCUACUUCUGAUAUAUCUGUAUCAAUAAAAAUAAUAAUUUCAAAAUUUUUAUUUUAAACAUAUGUUUAAUUACCUUUAAGUGUUUAAACAGACAAACCACAAAUAAGUAUGAACUGGAGUAAAGAUGCUGGUAGUAUGAGGCAAAUAUGUAAUGCAGCUAGACUUAAAUACCUUAUUAUUCCACUGUGAACUGAAACUUUGAAAAGAAAAUUAAGAAAUACCAAUACAUAAUAAUUCAGUGAAACAAAAUAAAUUAUAAUGUGAUAAGUAUAAUUAAAUCGGCACAGUCUUUGCUUAAUUUGCAAAGAUCCCUGACAAUGACAUUGCCGCCGGGGGCCAGGCGAAGGUGAGUUCUUCUUGCCUGUAGCUGUUCCUCGUCUGUACCUGUCCCACCAUCCUUCUCCGACGGGUCCUCUUCUAAAGCUCUAGGAACUGAUGUCACUGUUGUAUUCUCACACAUGAGCGAGAGUACAGCAUUGAGGUCUAUGGAAGAUCUUGUGAGACAAUGGGAUCCUCCAUAUAUAUAGCAAAUUCCCUGCAUCCAUCACUAGUGACAGAUUGGGGAAUUAACACUUCUUGAUGGCGGUAGGUCCGCCCAGUGUCAAGCGGUGUCAUGCGUAGGAAAAAUACAUUAGACAAACUAGUCCCUAGUAUUUAAUCCCACUACUUUUUCUUAUGUUUUUGGUUAGAAUAGAUGAAAAAAAGAGGAAAAGAAAGACCGAGUAGGAAAGAGGAAGUGAUGGGAACAAAGGUAAGUAUGGCGUGACAAUGCUGCUUUAAAACUGGAAAAUAAGCCCAGUGUUGUUCUUGUUAACUUGAGAAGCAAUCUAAUUCAAAAUUUAGUUUAUUGCUGUCUUUCCUGACAAAGUGUGUCUGAGCACACCUUUUACAAUUCUGUAGAAAAGAAAUAGGUCAUAUAAGCAGAACAGGCUGGACAAAUCAUUGCAGUUCUCUGAAUUUAAAGGGACAUCAAGACAAUUUUAUAGUUUUCAGAUAUUUGCAUUCUCUAUUUUGUAUAGCUUAAGAAAAUGCAACAUUGUGCCUCUCAAUCCUUUCUCCUAUAGUUUAGGAAUUCCCAGUCUAAAUGACCUUUUUCUUAACUGUUACUGUAGCCGGUUUGUAAUGUCAUAGCUCGAUAAGAGCACACUUUUUGUUCCUGCAGUGUUUGUACAAUACCACAGUUCAUAUAAUCAGGGAUCACAGCAAAUAUUUAUUUCAGUUGUAGUUGAGCUUAUAGCUUCAAUAAGUAAAAAUAUAGUCAUUGAACGACAACUUGCAUAAAGCCUCUAUUGAUCUGGGAAAAAAUACUCCCAUUUUAAAGUUCCUAAAAAUGCACCAAUUACACAGGCAAGUGUAUGGAGCAGACUGACUAGGAAGAGGCUUCAACAUUCACAAGCCUCUCAUUCUCUUGUUGGGGGAGGGGUUUAUAUGAUUAUUAUCAUCUUUUAUAUAGCACCAACAUAUUGUGCACCGUUUUACAAUAUUCUAAAUGAGGAAAUUUAACAAAAUAUGAGACAUUCUAAAAUGUUACAGGAAGAAUAGGUUAAUGAGGACCCUGCUCGAAAGAGCUUACAAUCUAGAAAUAUGUGUUAAGUAGUUAACCCCACUUGAAGUUCUGCUUAUCAGAUCCGAUGAAUGGAAGCUAGUUUUAGCACUUUCACAGCAAAAUUAUUGGGUGCCCAUGCAAGCCUUAAUUCUGGGAUAUUUUGACAGCUAUGUUCUCUCUCAUAAUUCUCAUUCAAUUUACCAUGCAGAUUAAAAUGACUCUCUUGCUUUAGCCAAUCUGUGACUUGUAACUUAUUGUUCAUUAAAGAGUAACACGAGAACACAGAGAAAACUUGUCAAAGCUGGCAAAACAACUCACUAACAACUCCAAGGAUUCUUUGCGCAAGGUGCGAACAAGAGCUGUUGUGCAUGUCAAGAAAGCUAAGGGUGAGGUAUCAGAGGACACAAUAAAAUUACUGGAAAAACAGGUAAGCUCAAAAAGUAUUACAUGAAUAAAAUCUGUUGGGGAAAAAAAAAUAAGCUGUGCAUAUCUCUUUUUAGUAUAAAUCCUAGUUUAGCAGUAAAUGUAAAAAUAUUAUAUUUCAAAACGCAAAACAGUCGUUUGGCAAUAUGGAUACAUUUAAGAUCUUAUUAUUCUCUUUGGUGUAAACAGCAUACAAACCAACAUAGCUUUCCAGAUGAAGUCAGAUGUUUAGUUGACUAUUCAUUGCUGAGUAAGAUCAUUAGAAAUGAGGACAUUUUCACAAAAACAAUUUGUGGGGGAAAAAAAAUAAAUUCACACUAUUGAUAGGGUGAGCUAAAAAGUGACGGCUCCUUUUUACAUCUUUCCUUGUAACACAUUUACAUCUUCCAGGGUAAAAACUUACGUCAGUUGCACUUCUGCAUUGCUUGACUUCACUGUCUCUUAAUGCCUUGGACGUGUGUCGGUGCAGUUGGGCUUGUAACAGAGAAAUACUGUACACUUGCAUAUUGCAAAAAUUCAUUUAUAUACUUUACAUGCCUUUUUCCAGCCAACAUGUUAAUGGAAAAAAAAAGGCAUAAAUAGCCCAACCAAUAACUAAAUUGAGAAAGUAACAGCUCCUUUAAAGGCGAAUGUGUGAUUGGAUUUGUGUUUUAGGGCGUAUUAUGUUGUUAUAUUAAGUUUCCAGAUUUAAAAUAGAUUCAUAAAAUAUUAUAUUUUAAAUCUAGGGCCUAGAGAAAGAAAGAUAUAACCCUUUAAAAAAUGCAAUCAUGCUGUGCGGGACUUAAAGGGAUCCUAUAGUGCCAGGAAAACAAACCUGUUUUCCAGGCACUAUAGGCUCCUGGAGUGCCCACCUCCCACUGGGCUGAAGCGGUUAAAACCCCAUUGAGCCACUUACCUCAAUCCAGCGCCGAUGUCCCUCGCCGCUGGGUAAGGGUACGCCCAGGCUCCUCCCUCGCCGACGUCCUAAUGCACAUGCAACGCAUGGAAAAUCUGACACAGGAGGUACUCGUGCAGAGCGUGAAGAUGUCCACCGUCAGAUAACAGACCAAAAAUAAGUUUGGAUUCCGGAAGCCCACUAGUAGCUGUUUGUUAGACAGCCACAGAGGGCAGACUUAGAACUGCAAUGUAAACACUAAGCACUAAGUGCAAAAGGGUCACAGCACCCAGACCACUUCAAUUAGCUGAAGUGGUCUGGGUGCCUACAGUGUCCCUUUAAACGCAUAUUGAUGGCAUAGACAGUCAUGCAUUAAAAGUAUCACUAGGAUUAAAUCCGUGCAGGUACCAAGCAACCCCAGGUAUUAUUGAAUACCCAAGUAUCCUCUCUGUCAGUUGGGGACAAACUUAGUGGCACCAGACUGAUAAGCUAUAAGCAGGGCUCAAAGCCCUUAAAUACUCCAGCAGAGCGAUCGUGUUCUGCCACAGUAAUUCUGAGUCUGUCCCUGUCCCCUCCUCCCCCAGCUUAUAACAAGAAGUCCCUGUUAUCUUUUGAGGGUCAGCUGGGGCCAGUGGCGUACUAAGGGGGGGGCGGUCCGCCCCGGGUGCCAUGAUCAGCCCCCCCCCCCAUAUGCUGCAGCCGCCCGAGCGCUCUGUAUUGAGCCUCAGGCGGCUGCAGCAUUGCCCGGGCGGUGCGUCCAUGAGGGCGGACCGCACCGUCCGGGCGCAGCCUGAGGAGAGGCUGACAGGAGGGAGCGCUCCUGUCAGCUCCCUCACUGCAGCAUGGCCGAGCCCUGCAUAGCCGGCGGGUACAGGGAGCAGCUGUCUGCUGUACCCGGCCGGACUAACAGGAAGUGCACACUCAGUGUUCACUUCCUGUUAGUCCGGCCGGGUACAGGAGACAGCUGCUCUCUGUACCCGCGGACUAUACUGUGCUCGGCCACGCUACAGGGAGGUAGGGGGGAGGGGGGGUGAAAAAGGAGAGAGGGGGGGUGAAAGAGAGAAAGGGGGAAAAGAGGAGAGGGGGGUGAAGAGGGGGGUGAAAGAGGAGAAAGGGGUGAAAGGAGAAAAGGGGGUGAAAAGGAGGGGGGGUGAAAGAGGAGAGAGGGGGGUGAAAAGCGAGAGAGGGGGGUGAAAAGGAGAGGGGGUGAAAGAGGAGAAAGGGGGGUGAAAAGGAGGGGGGUGAAAGAGGAGAAAGGGGGUGAAAAGGAGGGGUGAAAAAGGAGAGAGGGGGGUGAAAAGAGGAGAGAGGGGGGUGAAAAGGAGGGGGGUGAAAGAGGAGAAAGGGGGUGAAAAGAGGAGAGGGGGGGGUGAAAAGGAGAGGGGUUUAAAGAGGAGAAAGGGGGGUGAAAAGGAGAGGGGUGAAAGAGGAGAAGGGGGGGGGGUGAAAAGAGGAGAGGGGGGUGAAAAGGAGAGGGGAAGAAAGGGGUGAAAAGGUGAGGGGGUGAAAGAGGAGAGGGGGGUGAAAAGGAGGGGGUGAAAAGAGGAGAGAGGGGGUGAAAAGGAGAAGGGGGUGAGAAAGAGGAGAAAGGAGGGAGGGUGAGAAAGAGGAGAAAGGGGUGAGAAAAGGAGGGAGGGUGAGAAAGAGGAGAAAGGGGGUGAGAGAAAGAGAAAGGAGGGGGGGGAGAGAAAGAGAAAGGAGGGGGGGGAGAGAAAGAGAAAGGAGGGGGGGAGAGAAAGAGAAAGGAGGGGGGGGAGAGAAAGGAGGGGGUGAGAAAGGAGAGAGGGGGUGAGAGAGAAAUUAGGAGGGGAAGAGAAAUUAGGAGGGAGGGAGAGAUAUUAGGAGGGAGGGAGAGAUAUUAGGAGGGGGGAAAGAGAAAUUGAAAUUAGGAGGGGGGAAGAGAUAUUAGGAGGGGGGAAAGAGAAAUUAGGGGGGGAGAGAAAUUAGGAGGGGGGUGAGAAAGAGAAAUUGGGAGGAGGAGAAGGAAAUUGGAGCGGGAGGAGAGAUUGACAUUCAUCACAUACACACAAUGCACCCCUUGCACACAGAAAAACACACAAUGCAUUACACACACAGACACACAUACACAAGCAAUGCAACCGUUACACACAAUGCAUCCCUUACACACACAGAAACACACAAUGCAUUCAUUACACACACUCAAUGCACCCCUUACACACAUUCAAUGCAUCCCAUACAUACACAGAAACACACCUUGCAGCCCUUACACAUACAAACACAAUUUCACACAAUGCAUUCCUUACACACAUAUCAGGACAUCCCCUACACACUCCACCCCCUGUGAACAAACUCAUUGGUGGAACAUGAAGGUGGACCCUGGGACCCAGACCUUGAGCUGUGUAAAGGACCCCCAAAAAAUGGAGCUGCUUCCCGUUCUCCCAGAACAUUGAUUUUUGUGACCACAGUUACAAACCGCCUGCAGAGAGACUGUUCUUGCACCAGACCAGUGAAGCCAGACCGCAGCUAGAGCCCAUCAUCAUCCUCAUCUGGUUGUAAGUAGGCAAUCUAGUAUAUUAUUCGUGGCACUAAGCUCUAAUUUACCUCACAUUAAAGAAACACUAUAGUCCCCAGAACUACUUCAGCUUAAUGUAGUGGUUCUGGUGUCUAUAGCCUGUCCCUGCAGGCCUUUUAAUGUAAACACGGCGGCACUGCAGCACUGGCGUUAGUUAACAUGGCAAAUCAUAUGGGUGGGGCAUUGUGAUGUCACAUGGGGAGGAGGGGGGCAAACUUUACUUUUGCCUAGGGCGGCAAAAAUCCUUGCACCGGCCCUGGCUGGAGGGGGCUGUGGCAGUACAGCUCACACAAGCAAACAGCUGAUAAACUGGCCGCAUGGAGGAAAUGUGUAUGUGAGCCUGUCUGCCUGUAACAAAUUGUAAAAAAAAAAAAAAGAGAGAACCUUUACAUUUUUUUUACAGGUUUUUUGUCAAAAGCAAGCACAGGAUCCGCCCCGGGUGCCAAAUGCUCUAGGUACGCCCCUGGCUGGGGCCACAAUUUAUGGCAUUAUACUGACAGAUAAAUUAUGUGCAGUGCUGAAAAGUGAGCGCUGCACAUAGCUCUUUAAAUCCAAUUGUUCAACCGCUAUUAUUCUAAGUCUGCACCUAGUAUAACAGAGAAUCCCAGGUUCUGAAAAGACCCUGGUGAGGUCUCACUGCAUAACUCUUGCUCACGUGGCUUUGCUAGCUGCCCAGCACCAAUUACAGUUUUAGGAGCUGCAGUAUGAGAAGUAGAUAUCGUAUAUGAGGGUAUAAUGAGAAAGCCCUAUGUCUCGUUUAAAAAUGAUAUUUCUGAAUAAGAUUUUUAUUGGUCGUAAACUAAAGCAUCAGAUGCAUCAUUCAUGGACACGCAGGUCCAAAUCAGCAACCAUUUGUGGGUCAUGCUGGACCGUCAUAAUAUAGCCAGGACGCGCAGGUCAAUUGCUCUCUAUGAAAGUAUUUCUAGUAUAAUGUAACACUGUUUAAUACACCAAUUCCAUCUACUCAUGUUUCAAGGGCGAAGUAGCACUGGGAAGAGAUUAGCUUAGAUAGUUUGAGAGCACCUCCCUCCAUCCUCUCGCCAGUCUGUCCAGGCCAGAGAGGAGCAUUUCUCUAUAACCCCCUUGGGACCUGCCUUAAGGAGGUCCAAGAAUCGGACUGCUAAAAAUAUUUAAUAUGUAUGGGUGCACUUAAAGUUGCUCUGUCACCUAAAACUUACCUUUUUUCUAUUGUGUCCUCUUCUCUUCCUCUUUCAGAAUCUACUUUUCUAUUCUUCUGAUUUAUUUCUCUUUAAAAAAAUAACACAAAGAAGGGACUACUUUGUCAUAUGUAUUAUUCCUACGAUUGGCAAUUGUGACUAAAAGGGUGAGCUUCAGGAAAACUUUGUCAAGCUAACAAAGGGUGAAGCUUGCUUUAAGAUCCACCUUGUGUGAAGAUCGCCAAGGGCAGGAAAAACACAUAAAACAUAGUAGUUCCUACUUUGACUUAUUUUUAAAGAGAAAUAGAUCAGAAAUGAAUAAGAGGAGAACCGAUUCCAAAAGAGAAGAGGAGACAGCAAAAGAAUGGUAAGUUUAAGGCGACAGAGUCACUUUAAACAGGAUAAAAUUGUGAUAGAAUGAAAUCUGGCAAAAGAGCCAAAAAUCUCAAGAACCUUGGUCCUUCAGGGGUUAAGCAUCUAAAACCUGGUAAACAGUUGAGUGUUAAUCAGUUGCGUGUACAUGACUGACAAAGUUCCCCUGACUUACAGACAAUUGAUGAAUGUAGUUGUAGCGGGACCUGGGUAACCCGACUGGUUACUCCCAUUUAGUAAUAAUAGAUCAGACCCAUUUCCCCCAGUAACUGGACGGCACACAGUUCCAGGGUACAAUCUCUGACAAUCGUCAGGGGGUCUCCAUCCAACAGGGGGUCUCCAUCCAACACAACACAAUCUCAUGCGGAAGGGGGCUGGGGGACAGAUAACCAUCUCCCGCUCUGGGAGAUACUAACAGGACACAGGGACACACAUGAGUACACAUUACAUAUAGGGGGGUGAACUUUGGGGCUCAGCGCCCUGGGACGGGAAGGGAGUAAAGGGGUUAAAACUUAUACGGAUGAAUAGCCCCAGGUCCCCUCUAGGAUCCCUGCAAAAAGCGGGGCGAUCAGAUGUACAGAGCCAGAGAUAUCAGCGUAGAAAGUCUGGUGCUCAAGGCUCUGUACAUCCCCGAAAUUCGUUCCUGCUUGGUUUAGUCCAGCGAAUUCAAACUUCGCGCCUAAACCAAGCAACAACCAAUCAGCUGAAAGGCCGUAAACCAAAUUGCGCCAAUCAGCAUUCAGGGGAGGAAGGAAUUUCAUCGGCCAAUCCGAAGAAAGGGCGAGAAACUCGGCUGAACCAAUCGGUGCUCGGGGAGGAGAUGGGUUUCGUGGCCCAAUCAGAAGAAAAGGCGAGAAACCCUGUUUGAACAAGCGCGCCUUCUCUGAUUGGUCGCCUGCUCCCUGCGACGACCAGUUAGCUCUUUACUCAAGCCAACCAACCAGGAGAAUGGCGCAAACCCAGUUUGAAUGGGCGCUCCUUCUCCCAUUGGUCGGCACAGACUUCCAUGCAGCCAGCGGGAACUCUGCGGCCAUGAGACCGACUCACAGCCCCAGGGAAAUUGAUACUGGCGCACGUCCCUCUCUCUGGUGGAUAACCACACAAGCCUAGACUCAUAGUUCGCAGGUUUGAGAGUAACAAGUGACUAUAGCUCCCUGAGGAGCAGGUAGGAUGUUUCCUGACAGAGGAAUCGAAGACAGUGCACGCAGGCCGGUUCGGGAGCCGAAUGCUCCCCCUGGUGGGCGUUCGGUGAUAUGAACCGGCGCCAACCAGGGGAGGCAUGCGCCACUUGUUCCCUUGCCUGGUCUGUGGUUUUACCAGCUUCCCUGCGUGGUUGAUACUUGCAGUCUGUGGUUUUCACACCUCGUUAGCGAGGUGUGAACAUUCUGAUUAAAUGUUCUAAAUUGGGUAUCUGUGGGGUCUGGUGCACAGGGCUCCAUGUGCCAGAGCGCCACCGGGUGGUCAAAAGGUAUUUUGCAGGAUUUUACGGUCAAAAUUACAGAAAGGGGAACAUUAAAAAGGGGGAGCGCACAUCCACACAAUAGAAAAAGGUCAAUUCAUAGUUAGGCAGCGGUCCUGAAACAGUAGUCUUCCAGGGGAUGGAUGGUGGCAUUAUCUAAAGGGACACUAUAAGCACCAAAACAACUUUAGCUUAAUUAAAAGAAGGAAAAACUACCACAAGAGGAGUCUUAAAUUAGAGGGGCAAAGGUUUAAAUAUAUCAGGAAGUAUUACUUUACUGAGAGGGUAGUGGAUGCAUGGAAUAGCCGUCCAGCUGACGUGGUAGAGGUUAACACAGUGAAGGAGUUUAAGCAUGCGUGGGAUAGGCAUAAGGCUAUCCUAGCUAUAGAAUAAGGCCAGGAUUAAUGAAAAAUAUUUUGAAAAUUGGGCAGACCAGAUGGGCCGAAUGGUUUUUAACUGCCGUCACAUUCUAUGUUUUGUGUAAAGCUCAUGCCCCUGCAGUCUCACUGCUCAGUUCUUUACCAAAUGGUACCUGCAGUCAGCACAUACGGAAUUUCAAAUCAUUGAAGUGGUCAUGGUGCCUGGAGUAACCCCUUUAAUGAACAAGAUACUUAAUUCUUGGGUUUUACAUUUGCAUUUGUAUAUUAUUUUGAAAUCUGAGAAGUGCUCUGUCAGUUAGUAUAAUAUUUGUCAUUUUAGGCACAUCAAUAUGCAUAUUAUAAUUCCUAAAAACAACUAUUUUAUAUUCUGUGAUAUUAAGACACUACAUGUUUAAAAAAAAAAAAAAAAAACGUACUUUUCUCAUGACUAAAUCAGUGGUUUUCACAGCAUUUUUUUUCUUCCUAAUCUUAUGAGUAUGCUGAGCUGCUUUUCAGCUCGUGCAGGCUAGUCCAAAAUAAUUACACAAUCCUUGUGGUGUUAUUCCAAAAUAUCCAAGUAAAAGCAAAGUGGAACAGAAUGAAUGCAGGAGGGAUAUAACCCACAGAAAAAAAUGUAAUGCAAAUAAAUAAAACACUACAUAAAUUAAAAGCAUAAAUAAAGUCUCACGCAGCACAUUUUGCCUCUAAAAUAGACUUUUUAAAUAUGUAUCAAUCAAGUAUAAUUAUUUUAGGAGUAUUUUUUUCUGACUGUUAUGCUUUUGUGAUGGUUUCAUUUUAUUCAUACAGCAUGCCCUAUGUAGUCCAGUCCAUGGUUGGACUAGGUGAUUAAGAUGAAGGUUUGUUAUAACAAUGAGCACACAUGCUGCUUACACACGAUGGGGAUAUUUUUCAGUGUUCUCCUCUAAAAAAAUUUUUUUCCAAAGUAAUAAGUGGGACAAUUACCAUAAAAAAACCAAUAGAACCAACAGGAACAUUACAUUUGCUUACUCCUCCCCUUUAACAGUUUUGCACUACUACUAUAUUUAUUUGCUCCAGCCACUAAUUCACAAUUCAGUAAAACAAUCUCUGUAGAAAAAUAUUGUUCACAUAUUUCUAUCAACUGUCUUGAGCAACAUGAGCUGUUAACCAAAAGAUAAAGCAAAAACAAGAUUUUGUUCUGUGUUUCUAAAUAAGUGUGCAUUUUCUUUACUCUCCUACUGCAGAUCCAGCAGAUGGCAGAUGAAGUUUCAGCAGAGUUGGACAAACAGUUGGCAACAAAGACAAAGGAACUUUUGGAUUAGGUCAUCUGAAAUUAACUUUAAAAGGCAUUUACAUUUCAGCCUCAAGAGGUCCUGAUAGCUUAUGGAGCAAAUAUAUUUCACUUUUGCUUUCCCCAAAAAGGAUAUUCCAGGGACAAACCAAAUUGUAUGGUACAGUCAUGACAUGCUUGUAUUUUUAUAUUGUUGAAAUAAAAUUAAAGCUAUAAUUCACUGAUGGAUCUUAAUCUAAUAUUUUAAUCCCCAGAAACAAACUGUAUAUGUUUCAGCUGUAUAAUGUGUAAGUCUGUCUGUCUAUCCAAUCCAUCUAGUCUGUCCAAUAUAUCUGUUUAAUCUAUCUGUCCAUUCAAUCUAGGUCAUAUAUCCAUCCAUUCUAUCAAUUUCAUCUAUGUAGUCUACCUAUUUAUAUUAUCUGUCUAAUCUAUUUUUGGAUUUGUAUAGCUCAUAAACAGGGCAAGCAGACCUGCAGCACACAUUUCUACCAUGCUUCCUUAUUGUAUCUUUUGACCUCACCUUUGCCUCUUCUGUUCCGGUACUACAUUUGGGCAAACCUUUCCUGCACUUCACUGCUUUUGAGGACAGGACUCCUUAGGAAUUGUCUGGAUGGUAAUGGUGUUUUACAGUUACCUGCUACUAGGCUCCAGCAAACAAUUUCCCCUGAUAAAAUUAUACAUAAUAUGUCAGUCCAAUUAAGAUGUAUAAAAAUACAUAGAUUCAAUUACUAUUUUGUGAAUUUUCUGCUAUUUAAUAAUCUCAUUGUAAAUGGUAAAACAUGUUUUAUAUUCUUAGUAGUAAAUAACAUCUCCACCAUCUAUUUACCUAUUACCGAUGAACAGAGGGAGCUGAAAAAUAACACCCUCACCAUACAGGAAUUAAACUCUCAACAUUUGUAUUAUAACAUUUGUAGGGACCUAAUGACUCAGACUGGACUCACUUCUGAAACAACCAGAAUUUUACUCAUGACCAGCUACUCUCAACAGCGUAUCUAAAAGGGGAGGGGACAUUCUAGCACUGCAAUAUUGUAUGGUGUAUGUUUACCACCUAUAGUACAAAUGUGCACAUUAACCCCCUUCUUAACAGGAAAAAUUUCAUUAGUGGUCUAUUAUACUACUGGUAAUACUUUUUUUAUUAUGACAACAAUUAUUGGGGUAGGUAGGAGUCACUUUUGGAUGAGUGUCUAGUCCACCUAUCCUUUAAAAUCUCUCAAAAAGUAAGCUCACUUCUUUGUUGCAGGGGCUUGCUGUCUGACUGUAUCCCUAAUGUAUUGUUCCCUUGUAUAAGGGGGCAGAGGGGGAGGGAGUCACUAUUGGAUGAGUGUCUAGUCCACCUAUCCUUUAAUAUCUCUCAAAAAGUAAGCUCACUCCCUCGUUGCAGGGACUUGCUGUCUGACUGUAUCCAUAUGUAUUGUUCCCUUUUAUAAUGUCUGUAAAAUGUACAUGUGCACAAAUAAUGUAACUUCUAUUUUUUUGUUUCUUAAUGCAGGAAUAAAUAGACUAAGUUUGACUGUUGCUCUGGUUUCCUUUUACAUUCCUAUAGAAUGAGGCAGCUAUUUUGCGGUAUUGAAUAGUUCAGAGAUUUAUGUAAUUUCUAUAUCAUAGAAACAUGUUUUGCUCAUCUAUUUGUUCCUUGUAUCUCUUAUACUUUUAGUGUUACAAUCCAAUAUGUGUUUAUUUAGAGUGUAGCUAUUUUAUAUUUUUGACUGAUCAAAAAGUUUUAUUGUUUAACAAAAGUGACAUUUUAGUCUUCUCUCCAACAGACACAUUGAUUGAGAAUUCUAAACAAGAAUAUGAAGCAGAAAAGCAGCAGAUGUGUUGUGAACUCAGGGGUCACCAGAAAAACCACAGAAAUGGGAUGUGUUACUGUGUAUAUAUUGUUUGGUAACCGUUCUGCACUAUAAGUGAGAGAGCAGCAUGAGGCAGCCAGUGUAAAUGUUGCAAUGUAACUGGCUCUCUUCUUAGGGAUAUUGUACAGGAUCAGAUGGUUAAUCACAAUGAUGUUGUGGCUUGGAGUUAGAAUUCAACUCUGAAUUUCUGUAUGCAAUUUAUUAAAAAUUCCGAGGGGAAUUUGUGUUCGUUACGGAUGCUCAUCAACGCUGGCACUACCAGAUCCUCAGGGACAGACCUUUUCAACAACUUUUGCUUAUAAUGAAAGUUUCUGGCAUGUGCAAAUGUCAGUAUACAAAUAAUAGAAUGAAUACUUUUGUAUCAAAUAAUGUAUGUAUUAAAGGGACACCUUGAGCCAGGAGGGUAUUGGUGCCAUUCUAUUGUAAAACGUCAAAGUUUUUAACAUGUUUUGACAACUUACCUGGAGCCCACAAUCUAUCCAGUCUUCUCCAGCAAGUAAAGCUGAAUAUCAUUUUAGAGCAAUGCAGGACCACAAUCAUUUGAUGAAGCAGUCAGUUGGUACUCUUAGACAAUGAGUGCAGUCCGAUCUCUAAGGUAACUUCUGGCUUCUCCUACUGAAGAUGUCAGAAACCGGGUUAAUGCCCAGUACUAUGCAGGUAAGGUGUCAAACCACUUUGACAUCUUAGUGUGCUAGGGCACUCCUGGUACCAUAGCCAUUACAGGGAGGUAUAUACACAGCAUAAACACUGUUGUUCUUGAGUGAGACAAAGCCCUUGGAAUGAGCAAUAGCGCAGAGGGGUAAGCAUUACUGCCAUAAUGGAAACACUGAAUGGGACCAUGGGGUGUGCAAAGUGUCAGAGACAAAGUGAGUUGAAUAUUUAAAUAAAUCCAGUUUGUUGAUCAGUGUUGAUUUCAAAGAUCUGAUAAACUGGUUUAUUUGAGACAGAAAUCAAGAAAACAGACAAUUACAAAAAAAUUUUAUGGCAAGCUGAUCUUUGGCAAGAGUGGCUCCACACUAUCUGAGCACAGUAUAGAGCACGAGUAGGCAAUAUUCUGAAAUGCAGAUGUUUUGGACUUCAUCUCUCAUUAUGCUCUGCCUGUAUUAUAGCUACAAGAGCAUUAUAGGAAAUGUAGUCCACAACAUCUGAAGUGCCGGAGGUUGCCUAGCCCUGGUCUAGAGCCUGCAGUGGGAAGAACUGGUUGGAUACCGAGCUAGAGUGCAAUUACUGUGGUAGAAACAACUUUAUUGCCUAGUCAAUGUAGUGCACCUACCUUUCUGUCAUUGCAAGACUAGGGGGACUUAAAUUAUUGUUGUGUAAACAGGUCCAAUGACAACUAGGACUAACAAUUAAGUCACAACACAUGCUUUAAAUAAAUGUCAGCCAUGUAGAGUAACCCAUGCACCCAGCCAGAACUGUCAUCAAUGACAGGUUAUAUAACCAAAUGUGAAAAUUCAAAAAUAUGUGAAGAAAUAUAAUAUUCUUGAAUCCAAUAACAAAAAGGGAGUAUUGAGCCCAGAGACGUAUCUUCCACGAGGCAAACAAGGCAUUUGCCUUGGGCGGCAAAAAAAGCCGCGCCUAAACACCCAGGCAGAUCCCUUGUUUGCCUCAUGUCAUGGGAGGCUCAAAAGCUGGCCGGUUGGCCACUUUUGAGCCCCACCCCACCAAGGCGGCCAGCGAGGGAGCAUGCUCACCUGAGCUCUUCCUGCUCAGCUCCCUCCGUGCCGCUUAAUGAAGCCGAGAGCCGGAAUAUGACGUCACUCCGGCAUCACUAAGUGGCGCGCGAGGGAGCUGAGCAGGAAGAUUAAAGCUCCCUCGCUGCCUACUCAGCAUGCCGCCCCCUGCCUGCCCGACCAGCAUCCCCACUGGACCGCAGGUAAGCAAUCCAUUCCAACUCUCCCAGGGAGGCUGGGUGGAUUUAAAAUAACAUUUUAAUAAAUAAUUUGUGAGUGUGUGUCUGCCAUUGAAUGUGUGUGUCGGCCAGUGAGUGUGUGCAUCUGUCAGUGAAUAUGUGUGUGUCGUUCAGUCAGUGUGAAUCUGUCAGUCAGUGAGUGAGUCUGUCCGUGUGUGUCCGAGUAAUAUUGUGUGUCUGUCUAUCAGUGUAUCAAAUCAGUGAGUGUGUGCGUGUUAUUGUCAGUGUAUAUGAGAGUGUAUGCAUCUAUCAGUGAGUGUGUGCAUCUGUCAGUGAGUGAGCGUCUGUCACUCAAAGUGCGGCCUUGACAGGAAGGGGUGGGGAAAAUUUAAAUUGGGGGGUGGGGGUGCCCGAUCACCGUCCUGCCUAGGGCAGCACAAAUUCUAAAUACACCACUGAUUGAGCCAAAGCAAAUUUAAAAAAUCACUAGCGGAGUUUAUACCAAGGUGACAAGUAUUAUGGACACGAUAAUUAAAUAUAAAAUCUCAUAUUGUCAUUUUUGAAACCACAGACAAAGAGAUGUCCUCUAAACAUAAUAAAAUGCAUAAACAGAGUAAAACAACCCUUGUAACAUGCAUAUAUAGAAACACUGCUCACAAAUGUAACCCUGCAAUGAUGUGCAAAUGGUAGAUCUCCAUCUGGCAUAGCAUUGUUGAAGUUCUCCUACAGAUGGAGAUCUACCUUUUGGCCACACUUGCACUAGAGAGUGGGCCAGAAAAACUUACUUGCACCAGGGCCCUCUUUACAUUAGUUCCACCACUGGGAUAAUCAACAUGAGGUGCCUGGAUGAAAGAGCAGGACAACAGCAUUUCUGAGUCUGUGAGAAAGCAGUUGUAUGUCUCUAAAACUGAUUGCCAUGAUGUGCAAAGUUUCUGCCUCUAAAACUGCCAUGAUAUCCCAGAAUUAUGCCUCUAAAACUGCCAUGUUAUGCAUCUAAAGCGGAUUGCCAUGGUGUGCCAAUUUUAUGCCUCUGAAGCUGUUUGCCAUGGUGUGCCAAUUGUAUGCCUCUGAAACUGUUUGCCAUGGUGUGCCAAUUUUAUGCCUCUGAAACUGUUUGCCAUGGUGUGCCAAUUUUAUGCCUUAAAAAAAAAAUUGUCAUGGUGUGCAUCUAAUGCAGAUUGCUAUGGUGUGCCAAUUUUUUGCCUCUAAAGCUGAUUGCCAUGGUGUUCACUUUUUAAAAUAUGCAUUAAAAGCAAGUGGGUCUCGAAAAAUUACCGUUUUGAAAAGUGGGUCUCGGCCCAUAAAAGUUUGGGAAGCCCUGAUAUAAAUUAUUCUGUCAGGUGGAUAAUGUGUCACAACGACAGUCACAAUGCGUUUCUGACUGUGUGUAUUUCCAGGUGUAUCUGGAUUUGUCUACCUGUGUGUGUUUGACAGUGAUUAUUCAUGUGUUUGAAAGUGUGUCUCUGUGAGCCUAUGUAUACUGAUCAGCCACAACAUUAAAACCACCUGCCUAUAAUCGUGUAGGUCCCUCUGGUGCUGCCUAAACAGCUCUAAUCCAUCGAAGCAUGGACUUCACAAGACCUUUGAAUGUGUUCUGUGGUAUCUGACAGAUUAUUUAAGUCCUCAAGAUGUGAGGUAGGGCCUCCAUGGAUUGGAUUUGUUGGUCCACACUACAGAUGCUCAGUCGGAUUAAAAUCUGGGGGCCAAGGCAAUAUCUUGAAGUUUGUUGCAGUGUGGCAGCUGCCAACAUGCCGUUUUGGAGAUGCUCUGACCACAUUUGUGUAGCCAUCACUAUUUAGUCGUUGUAAAACACACUCAUUUUUUUGCUUGUUGAUUUUUUUUUCCCUGCUUCCAACACAUGAAAUUCAAGAACUGAAUAUAUUCAGUAAUAUAUCCCACCACUUGACAGGUGCCAUUUUGACUAUAUAAUCAAUGUUAUUCUGUUCACCUGUUGGUGGUUUUAAUGUUGUGACUGAUCAGUAUAUGUCUGUAUCUAUGUAUGUGUGUGUGGUGGGCUGCUUGUGGUCUUUGAGCAUUGUGUUUAUAGCGAAGCUGUCUUUCAUGACUGUGCUUAUUACUGCUGUUUUCAGUGGGUGAGUGUGACUUAGUGAGUAGAGAGGUAACUGUGGAAGAGUGAUUGUGACAUGGUGAUGAGGGGUAAUGUGAAGGUGAAUGUGGCAUGAUUGGAAAGAAAAGUGUGACAGACGAGGAAGGGUGACAGGAUUAAGUGGGUUAAUGUGACAGGGUGAGUGUGGCAUGGUUGGGGGUUGAGUGUAACAGGAUUGGUGGCAGGGUGUUAAUGUGAUAUGGUGAAUGUGGUAGGGUAAAGGGGGUGAAUGUUGGGCCAACUAUGUAUGGAGGCUGACUGUAUGUGCGAGGGGGUGACGUGUGGGGAGGAAGUGGUUCUGUGUCCAGCCUCCAAACACUUUAAUAACUUUUUUAUGCCCCCUCCCUGGGCAGGGAUAGGGUCAAUGUUUUGUUGGUACGGUGGCCUAGCUAUCUAGUCUGCAGCUCCACUAGGUGCAGAGUUUCAGACAAAGACCUCUGGCACUUAAAGUAUUGCCAUGUUAACCUGUGACAGUGCUCUAAUUGGCUGGAGCUCAUGAGAAAACUACUAAAUGGUCUGCAACUCUGCACCUGUCAGUGGCUGCUGGGCUCUCCCCAUGUCACACUGAGACUGAGGGGCCCCCCAUCAUAACUUGCCUAAUUAGAGAUCAGCCUUUGGGAGGGACAGUACCAGAGGACUCCAUGCACUAUAACCAAUACAGGGAGAUGAAGCAGUUGGAGGGCCUACAGUGUCCCUUUUUUGCAUUGUUAAAUUGAAUAUAUGUUAAGGCAAGUGCUAUUUUGAUGUGAACUUGUAUGUUCAUCUAAUGUAAAUUACAUAGUCUUAAUAAAGUCUCUUGCUAUGAAAUUGUUUAUGAAUGUUUAUACACUGGUAAAAAA